GGUGACGAAGAACACGAAGACUGCUCUGAACUUGACGCAAUACUUCGAGCAAGACGCUGCAAAAAGGAUGACGAGCCACAACCUCUAAAAUGCGAAGAACCAGCACCAGAAGAUGAAGCACAAAUUGAAGACACAUGUGCCACCGAUAAAAGGAAGAAACCUUGUGAAAACCCGGAAAAAUCUGAGUCUGAACAUCAAGAUGACCUUUGUCUUCCGGUUUCGUCGUGCACGGAAGUUUUUCCUUACUCCCAAGUUUGCGGAACAGCAUCCGGCCAUAAGUUGAUUUACAAGUAUUCAAGAACCAUCGUUCAAGAAAAACCCGACGAAACGGAAACUGGAAUUCGAGCAAAGAAUCAAAUGUCGAUCGAUGCGAUACCGAAAAAGAAAAUUUUAAAGCCUGUUAGACCGGAACGCAAAAAAAUCACUUAAGAAAUGCAUUCAUUAUUUCCAUAUUCUAUCUAUUUUUGUACCAAAUUGGACUGGAAAUGAAAGUUGACUAAGCUCACA